GUAUAAACAGCCCUUGACAAGUACUUGCAAAAAUUGCCGAUGACAGAAGAAGCAGCAAGAAAGAAAAUUUUCUGACGGCCGAAAAAAAGUGGAAAAAUGGAUCUUUCGGCCUCCUCCAGGGAGGAUCCGUUCUCUGCGGACGGUAUUUUCUCCCAGCAGGAUCUCCCACUCGUGCCAAAUGAGAGUCUCGAGUCGUACUGUCGCUUGUGCCUGACGACGCCUGAUGUGGAACCCUUGUUUCCGAUGGGAAGUGAUCCAAACAUCUACGCACUGGAACUGAUCGGGAAAUAUAUUGGCAUUGAUCUCACCAGCCAGGAAGACAUCCGCUGUGCCAUCUGUCGGCCAUGUCAGCUUAUUUUGGAUCAAUUUGAUUUGUUCCGACAGAACUGCUUGAAGGUGGAUAUUGCCAUAAGAAGACGACGGCUGGGCCUGGAUAAGGUGAUGAAUAGUGAGCCACUUGACGAUGCAGAAGGGGACGAUGGAGAAGAACCGGCGUACAUUCGGUUGGCGGAUCGACACUACCAAUGCCGUUUAUGUUCGAAAGUGUUCCCUUCCUUAGCAGUGUUCAUGAAUCAUUGCAAGGAGUAUCACCCGGAGGAGUCGAAAGUUUUUAAAUGCAAAUAUUGUACCAAAUCUUUUAUGACGAAAACUGCACGUCUGCAGCAUAUUCGGUCUCAUCAACCAAACAAUGCCCAGGAAAUGGAUAUGAACAGUGAUCGGAUUCAGGUCUGCGAAAAAUGCAUGGCCACCUUCGAUUCCUACAAACUGUUGAAAAUUCAUCUAAAAGAACAUUCGAAUGAUCCGAAACAGGAUCCUCUUACUUGUAUUACUUGUCAGAAACAGUUCAGCCGGAUUACGAUUCUGCGUAAUCACAUCCUUCGGGUGCAUUUGGGAAAACUUCCCCACGUCUGCAAGCACUGUGGUAUCAGUUUUGGCUAUAGUCGACAGCUUCUGGUUCAUCUUCAAACCGAACAUGGUGUUAUAAUAUCCGGUCCAGAAUUGGUAAAUCAAUCUGGUCAAUCUUUGAAUGAAGACGAUGAGCAAGAAGAGGAAAUCCCUAAACCAACAGUUGAAAAACCACGAGAAAUGCCCCCUCGGCCUCCAACUCCUCAUCAUACCGCAACUCAUAGAAAGAAAUCUGAUUACAUGUGCAGCGAAUGUACAGUUUCUUGUUCCACCACGGAGGAGCUAAGAACACACCGUAAGCUCCAUCAGGAUCCGACCUGGUGGAAGUGCAUUCACUGCCGCAACUUCGUCAAGCACCAGAAGAUGCAUCUAAUGAAAAAACACCCUUCGAUCAAUGCGGACGAUGUCGAUGCGGCUUUCCAGCUACGCUACCGGUGCUGGCUUUGCCGAGUUUAUUUCAAAUCAUUGCAACAAAUGGAACAGCAUGUCAGCAGCCGGCAUGAGGUCGAGCUACCGAACAAUCAACCGGAACUGCCGAAACAGCCUCCGGUACCGGAGAAACAAGCACUGGUUCCGGUAAUGGCAGCUCCCGGUCCACCACCGAUGAUGACUGCCCAGCCUCCAAUGCCGAUAGGAGCGGAACACUUGCCGCUACUGUUGUCGCAGCUUGAGAAUGGUGCCUGGGAUUAUUUGCGUGAUAUGGCCAGAUUCUUGACGCCGGAAAGUCUUUCUGCAUUCUCGGUGAAAGUCAAAGAUGAACUCCCGGAACCGAUGGACACCACGACGACGAACGACGUGGUUGAUUUGUCCGCCACCAGUGAGUACCGGUCGGCGAACAACAGCUCAACCUCGAUGUCCGUAUUUGACGUUCAGAUCAAGGACGAUCCGGACCAAAUGGAAGACAUGGACAAUGACUCAGAGGAUGAAACCUACAUUCGACUGGAGAACCGGUUCUACCAAUGCCGUGUCUGCUCCGAAACAUUCCGCCAUUUGCUGCAAAUCCGCAAGCACACCAAGGCCCAACAUCCAACGGAGUGGAAGAGCUUCAAAUGUGAACACUGCAAGCGACGAUUCCCUUCGGCGGCGAUCCGCGAUCGCCAUGCCCAUUUCCAUACACUCAACCAUCCGUUCAAGUGUACCGAUUGUGAUCAGAUGUACGAUUCAAAGCGACGAAUUGAGCAACAUUUCGCUAUGUUCCACGACAUACAUUCCAGCAGCUUCUCCGUUGAUCGCAUUCAAUGCGAACCUUGCAAUUUGUGGUUUGUUGAGAAAAAGUAUUAUGAUUUGCACUCGAGAAUUUUCCACCAGCGGAAACCGCAACGUUUGAAGAACUUGACCGACACCAUACAGGUUUGCGAGAGAUGUUUGGCCACCUUCAGCUCCCGUGAACUGUUGGUGGAUCACAUCAAAAAGGUUCACGUGUCCGAUCCUCCUCUGAAAAAUCCCGAAUGUCCACGAUGCUCGAAGGAUUUGAAAACGAUGACCCUGCUGCGAAUCCAUCUGCUUGUCGUUCACUUGGGCAUGCUACCGUUCGUUUGUCAACAUUGCAGCGCUGCAUUCGCCACUCGCCAUUGGCUGCUGAAACACAUCGAAAAAGAACACACCGAACUUCCGGUUUUCAAUUGUCCCUCGUGUGAUGAAACAUUCACCGACGAGCAGAAGCGUAACAAACAUGAAACCGAAGCACAUCAACCACCACCACCUUCGCCACCUCCUCCACCACCGCCACCGCUUCCACCUGCACCGGUAGUUGGUAAGGCAUUGAAUAUCUUUGCCGGUUCCGAAAUGAUCCCCUGUACGAAAUGCGACAAAAAGCUAGAAACGAAAGAUCUCCUGGGAAAACAUAUGAUAAAGGCCCACCCGGCAUUCAUGCUGUUGUACAAAUGUCCACUGUGCGUGAAACCGAUUCGCUACCGUAAACAGCAUAUGCGUGUCCAUCACGAUGUCGAGUAUGAACCGAAGGAGCAUCAUUAUCAGACCCGGUACAAAUGUCACUGCUGUUCGAAGCUGUUCAAGCAGAAACGCAAUCUCACCUCUCAUCUUAUGGCGCAUCCUUUCCAUUGCGAUAAUUGUAUGAUGCGUUUCAAGACCAAGAAACAACUGUCGGCCCACUCGGCCGUACAUCGAACCAGUCGUUCGUUGAAAUGCGCUGAUUGUGGUCUGGAAUUUGGUUAUCCGGCUAGGCUACAGGAGCACCGUACUCGCUUCCACAGCAGUACCUCAACGGAGGUACUUAAAUUGCACAACUGCCCGUAUUGUCCGAAGAUUUUCAUGAGUUUGUCCAACCGCGAACGCCAUAUUAGCGUUACUCAUCCACAGAACGAUUUCCAGGUACGGUGUGGUCAUUGCGAUCUGGAAAAGACGGACAGUAUGUCCCUGCGGAAGCACUACAAAAUGGAUCAUCCAAAUGAUCGGGUUACGUUCAAAUGUUCCGAGUGUGAUAAAGUCUACUUGAACUUGUCCAGCUACAAGGAUCACCUGAAAAAGCAUACCGCCACUGGGAAGGUCCGAGGGGACAGUACCAGCUCAGCAACGGCGAAUGGCGAAGAAAACACAUCCCUCACGGAGGGCUCUACGUCUGCGGGAGCGGAAAAUUCGUCCAAGAUACUGUCGGAAACCGAGAUAAAGGUUGAAGAAACCAAACUGAUGCCAUCUGAUGGUGCAACAACGGCGACGGAAAUUGUGCAAGAACCGGAAAUAAAAGAGGAAGAAAUUGAAAAAAUACCAUCCGACGGUGUAACCGUCGGUGACAACGACGAGGUGAACGUGGUGGAAGCUAAGGAAAACGAACAAACGAAUGAACCAGAACAGCAAAUUACGGUCAACAACAACACGAACGAUCAAAUCAAUGAAAGUAAAGUGCAACAACCUACAGAAGAAGAGAAGCAAGACAUUGAUCUUGUUACUAUUAAACAGGAACAGAUAGAUAUUGGAAUUUCAAACACAUUAGUACAGCAGCAAGAAGAGGAAGACAAAAAAGAAGAGGAAGAAGAAAAGGAAGCAGCAAUUGAUGGAGAAACCGUAGCAGGAACAUCAACAUUGCCGGACACAGAAACAGAUAAAUCGGAAGAGAAUGUGGCAGAUAAAAUCAUCGAACUGGACUCUGGAACAACAUCUCCAUUUACGGUUGACGAAAAGGAGAUCAACGAACAAGGUGAUGUUGAGAUUGUACCAGAGACCAAACCAGUUCAUGUUGAGAUUGUACCAGAAACUUCUCAGGUUAUUCCGGAAAAAAUUACUGCAAUCACGAUUAAAAGAGAAGUGGUCGUAUCUAUUGAACCACUGAAUUAUGCUCAUGACACACUGAUUAUACCGGUACCAAAACCAAAGGCAAUCGCUGCAGCCGCCCUGAUUUCCAAACGAGAAAAUUCACCUUCAACUAAUUCUGAGCGAAUUGAUUCUGGGUCAAUUGACACAACAUCCGAAAAGAACAAGUCAGGAGCAGCUUUCGAAAGAGGUGUUAAUGAUGAUGUCAAAGCGACCUCACCCGUGGAGUCCAAUUGUACUGAGACCGAGGUAAAACAGCAGCCCAAAGAGAAAAACUCUGGCCCUAGCACAGCGGAGGAAUGUGGUGAUGAAUCGGAGAUGAAAAGAAAGAAAGAUGGUUCAUCCGAGAAAGGCGAAUCCGAACCGGCAGCAGUUGGAGGAGGGGCCGUCAGAUCGUCGAUGCGCUUGGCUAGAGCCAAAGCCAACUCCGAACCGGUGGCUGAAAGUAGCAGCGAGAAACAGCCAACGGCCAAACGAGUGAAGACAGAACAACCGUCGGACGAUGCUUAGACGCAGAUUCGUAAGUAUUUAAGCAGAGAUGAAGAAAAAUCAUAUGUUAGUAGUUUAUGUCGAAUUUCGUCUUAAAGUUUAAUGAGUGUAUUCGUAAAGUAUCAAUAUAUCAUAGUGUGGUAACCAUG